AUGACCGACCAAUCUUCUUUUGCAUCAAGUUCUUUGAGGAAGUUCAAGUUGGUAUUUCUCGGCGAACAAUCCGUUGGGAAAACGUCCCUCAUUACCAGAUUCAUGUACGAUGACUUCAACGACACGUAUCAAGCCACUAUUGGUAUCGACUUUCUCUCCAAGACCAUGUAUCUUGAAGACAGAACAGUGCGUUUGCAGCUUUGGGAUACCGCGGGACAGGAGCGUUUCAGAAGCCUGAUUCCCAGCUACAUCAGAGACUCCAGUGUUGCCGUGGUUGUAUACGAUGUCACAAACAGGAACUCCUUUCAGAAUACGGCGAAAUGGGUCGACGAUGUGCGUGCUGAGCGAGGAUCGGAUGUCAUCAUUGUCCUUGUUGGCAACAAAACCGAUUUGAACGACAAACGACAAGUUACCCCCGAGGAGGGCGAGAAGAAAGCGAAAGAGUUCGGUGUCAUGUUUGUGGAAACCAGCGCGAAGGCGGGACACAACGUAAAGACAUUGUUCAGACGGAUUGCGCAGGCGUUACCGGGGAUGGAAAGUGCUAGCACGGAAGGUGCACAGAGCUCACAGAGUAAGUCGUUCCGGUCACAUUACGUCUCACGUACACAGCAUAACAACGAAUUAUAG